CAUCACGCUGGAGCAGCGCAAGCAGCAGCACCAGCAACAACCUGCUCAGGCACCCCAACCGAGCUCGACCAUCGCACCGACCACGACCGUAGCGAGCAAGAUUAUUGACAAGCCGCAGCAGCAGCCAGCGAACAUGAACAACAACCAGCCACAGCCUCAGCAGCAACACGUUGUCCCGAGUCUGGCGGUGCAGUACGUGCCGAACAAGGGCCUCAAAUACUACGCCGUCGUGCCGCGGCACACGGAAGUGACGUACCCAGGUGACCAGCCCAAGCCCAGCCUGUUGGCAACCAACGAUCUGUACGCCGAUCAGCAGCAGCAGCAGCCGCGCAGCAAGUACGAUAAGUACGAUAAGCUCAAUGGAAAGUACAACCCGAAGCUGAAGAAGUACAAGGCCUACGAGAAGGUUAAGUACAUGCCGUACAUUGUGUACUACGACCCGACGAAGCAGCAGUUCUUCUACACGAGCGCGAGCAUGGUGAUGGCAAACAAUAAUGCGUGAUCUGGCGCGUAAGAUCGGUCAACCCCACUGUGAACACUGUGUUUCUUUCAAAGUGUGCCCGACGGGCAGCAUUUACUACUAAAAUUCACCAUUAGCGAGGUUCGGUUAGGUUCGUCAAAAGAUACACGGAAGUAAGCGACACGCCAUGUCACGCAAGCGAUGACCCAACGCAAGAGAGAGAGAGAGUGAAGACGAACCGGAGAUCCUACAGUUCCCAGCCCGGCACCCGCCACCGCAGCAGCAGGCCAUCAUCGGGCGGCCGUCCUUCGAGAAGAGUUGUUUCUUUUGUUGUUGCAAAUCGAUUAAAACACCCGUUUAUGAAACGUCCGGAACGUGCGAAAAGAGACAGAAAAUGUGUAAAUAAAUGAAAAAUGUUAGUGAUAGAC